AUGCCAGAAACAAAAUCCGAAGAACACCGAAUCAUCAAGUACCCCAGAACAGCUCAUCUCUUUGACGCUGGGGGCACAGCGACAACAACUGAUGACCUUGUGCUACCCGACUUGAAGGCAGUUGUAUCCACAUUUUGCAAUGGGAGAUCUACAGUCACCAUUGAAGAAAAGGUGGAUGGUGCCAACCUCGGGAUAUCAGUCAAUCCACAGACGCACGAAAUCAUGAUCCAAAAUCGUAGCCACUACGUGUCUGGACACGGCGGAAACCAUGCCCAAUUCAAUCGAUUGCACGAGUUCACAAGCCUGCACAGCGAGGCCCUGUACAAUCUCUUGGGAGAUGGCAACACCAUCUUGUAUGGAGAAUGGCUUGUCGCGAGACACUCCAUUGAAUAUCACAGACUUCCCGACAUUUUUGUGGCUUUUGAUCUUUUUGACAAGACGACUGGCAAUUUUUUCUCAAGACAGCGGUUCCACGCCGCUCAGCAUGGUACAUGCAUUCCGACUGUCCCUGUGAUCGAACAAAGGACCUUCACCAGAGCGGACGCCAAGGGAUUCCGAGAGACGCUGCUUCGUCUGUUGGAUACCAAGUCUUCAUUCCGCACCGAUGGCGGGCCCGUUGAAGGAAUUGUAUUGAGGAUAGACACGCCUCCAGAAGAGGACGCAAACGGAGGCCUCACUUGGCUCGAUUGCCGGUACAAGGUUGUGAGGCCAGACUUUGUCCGCGGAUGUGGAGACGGGCACUGGAUGAAGAGGGCUAUUGAAAAGCAAAGAGUUGAUUAUGAGUUCCGAGAAAGAUACUUGAACGAGUGCUACAGCUUACGAUAACUGAGUAAGGACAAUAUCCUUGGCUUUCGGUCUUCCGGUGGCCUGCACGUGUACGGCGGAGUACUGUAAGCAGUCUAAUUAAUCCAAUCAUACCUUACAAGUCCAAAACAAAUGAGCCAAGGACAACUCCGGCACCAGCAACGAUAUUUUGCCAUUCCAGUCCCGUGUUGGUUUGUCCAUGUCGUUUGGCAGGCUUAACGUGGAAAAGUUUCCACGUUCUUUACAGCACCAGCGUUGGCUCCACGCCCAAACUGUCCGCAGUUGGCUCUUUGAUGCUCUUGGCCAGGGUUUCGUUCUGUCCUGAUCAACCCCGACCGAAACAAUGACAGAAUAUGGCCCCAAAUUACCGGUCGAAUAUGACAGCGGAACAAGGGAAUCUGAUACUACAGGCGAAUUUGAGCGAAGGUUCGAAUCACAAGACAUCAAAAUAGAACGGCUAGAGACCACCAUCGCGCGGCAAGGGAACAAAUUGCGCAGCUAGAGACAACGGUCGCGCAGCAAAAUGUCGCGAUCGAACGGCAAGGCAAUAUGUACUCACAUCAAGGCGUCAUGAUAUUGCAGCAAGGCGUCAUGAUAACACACCAAGACAAUGCGCUACCGGGGCAAAGCAACAAGAUUGCAGAGCAAGACAACAAGAUCGCAAAAUUGCAAAGUAUGGACAUAUGAACAUCCCCAAGAGCAUGCAUAGAGCAUGAUCUUGUGAUCAAAAAGCCACCAGCGUCAAUGUUCAACCAAUUGACCUAGUUGUUGAAUAGUGCAGUACUUUACCUUGUUGUGUAUCAGGCCGUUUCUGAUUGUUGCGGCCAUUGAACUCGACGGCUUCCGGGACGUCGUCUUCAUCCUCUUCGUCGUUGAACCGUGGUGCUUCGGCGGGGGGCGCCUCUCCCGUUCGCUGACCGUUGGCUGCAGCUUCACAAUCGUCGAGCCAUUCCGAAAAGACGUCAAUGGGUUCGUGCAAGUGAUGAAUCGGCAUCUGAUAGGAAGCAGCACACAAACGACAGGUCAGACUUCCCACGGAUGCCUUGAAAUCCAUCUUGCAUUCCACCACUUCUUCAUUGGCGCAAAAGGGACACUUGAAUUGCUUGGCCAAAGUAGCACGUUUCUUGGUUUGUACCUAUUGUUUUAGUAAGCAACAGAAGAGAAAGGUAAAUGGAACAGAGCACUCACGGUGAGUUCAGUCCAAACGGUGAACGUCGGUGAACUCCAUGAAAUCAACAAGAAGAAGAAGACAUCAUUUGGUAGUCUCUUUGUUUACUCACUGGGGCCUUCUUCGCGCGACGUCCCAUGGUUGCUGAAUACUACUAUCGGAUAGAAAGGUUGGAUUUCGAUACUGGUGAUUCGAUACCUUGUUUGGCGUCUUCCGCUCUCAAAGUUUAUGCCUGCGUCCUGUUGUCAUGUUGUCAUG